UGCCUUUAUCCCCUCUCAAAAUACCAACAAACGCCAAAUGUUGUUUUCAUUUUAGCUGGCAAACAGGACACGUGCAUGAGCUCAAUAAAAUACAUGCAGGAGGCGCAGAAUCUCCUUAUUGCAGAAGGGAUAUUAUACACACGAAACUACACGUCGACCGCGUUCUGCUGUCCGACUCGUGUUAGCAUAUUGACUGGUUUGCAUGCACACAACCACCAGGUAGUCGAUGUGAAU